UGUGUUUUGGACGAGCGCCUCCACACCUCCACCUGCCCACGCACCGAGCCCCCCCACCCCCGACCCGCCGGGCGCACGGACACGGGAGGCCGGGCGCGCACAGGCGGCAGGGCCCGGGCCGCGGAGCGUCGAACCAUGGGCCUCGUCGCCACCGUCCGGAAGGAGUGGUUCAUCAUCGGGAUCGUGCUCGUCAUCUUAUCCGCCAAAGUGCAUCCCAGCUUCGGCGUCAAAGGAGGUGAGAGCCCGCGGGGGGUGGGUGGGUGUCCUCCCGGUGUCCCGCUCCCGACAGGACAACGUGGACUUAUUUAUUUACGUGAGAAAAUACGACACUUUGAACCGUUUCCAAACAUCGAACUAAGAAGUGGUUUAAAGCUGCGUUCGGACGGCGAGGUCACGGCGUCCAGGUCACACGCUCACAAAGUCUAUGUGGACGUUCGUCUUUGGGCGUCGGCGCGGCUUGAGCGUUCAGGCGUCGACGCUCCGGACGCGCAUCCAGGGCGUCGGCGUCAGAAGUCGAAAAAUCAGAACUUUUGGCGUCUGAUGCGUCGCGUCAACCAAUCAGGGACGAGUAUCCAGAGACGUAGUGACACAGAGGAGCUGACCAGCGCCCUGCUCCACGUCCGGCUGCAUCUGUUUGUCCAGAGCUUCACUUUAGUCUUCUUCCCCGUGUCUGUGUGGCUGCUGAUCCGACUGCUCGCCCUCUCCAGCAUCGACCAGUGGCUCCUCAGAGGUUUACAGACGGUCAGCUGUAUGCCUCCUCCGGUCUCGUCCGCUGUGAUUCUGACCAAAGCCGUCGGUGGAAACGAGGCCGCCGCCAUCUUUAACUCUGCGUUCGGGAGUUUCCUGGGCAUCAUCGUCACGCCGCUGCUGCUCCUGCUGUUUUUGGGGUCCUCGUCCUCCGUCCCCUUCUCCUCCAUUUUCUCUCAGCUCUUCAUGACCGUCGUGGUUCCUCUGAUCCUCGGACAGGUGUUCCGUGGGUUCCUGCGUGAGUUCCUGGAUCGUAGGAAGCCUCCGUUUGGGGCGGUGAGCUCCUGUGUCCUCCUCAUGAUCAUCUACACCACCUUCUGUGAGACCUUCAACAACCCCACCAUAGAACUGGAGCCCACCAGCCUGCUGCUCAUAGUACUCAUCAUUCUUCCGUCCUCUCUCUCUUUUCUUCCGUCCUCUCUCUGUUUUUCCUCUAAUCAUGUUUGUUUUUUUUCUUUUCUCAGGUCGAGCUCGAGUUUCAGUCCCGCAGACACAGUCGCCAUCGUCUUCUGCUCCACCCACAAAUCCCUCACUCUAGGCAUUCCCAUGUUGAAGAUCGUGUUCGCGGGCUUCGAGCACCUGUCCAUCAUCUCCGUCCCCCUCCUCAUCUACCACCCCGCCCAGAUCCUGCUCGGCUCCGUCCUGGUGCCCACCAUCAGGACCUGGAUGACCUCCAGACAGAAGGUAAAGCCCCAACACGGAACAUUUUAGACCUCUGGUGGAUGAGCAAACGAUGGCUCGAGUCAAACUGAAGUGAAACGUGGGGACAUGUGGACCGGGUGUUUGUGUUUCUCUGUAACUGCUGCCCAGGUCCUCACUUUGGUCGUGAACGUUCAGAUUUGACCUGAUCUCCAGGAUCCUGACGGGAUUUUUAUUUCAACUUUUGGCCCAGAAAUCAGAAAAAAAAAUUCUAUAAACUUUUUUCACAACGUUCAGAAGUGUCACACUGUAGGUUUGUAAAUGUGUGUGUGAAUGUGUGUGUAAAUGUGUGUAAAU